CAGCCGCUACAAUGAGUGAAGAUGGUCCACCAAAGUCGUCCAAGCGGAAAAGUACCACUCUGCAUAACUUCUUCCAAGCUGUGCCCAAAAAGAUUAUCACUGAGGCAGACAUUGCAAGCAACGACUCGAAGCUCACUUUGAAGUCUGAUGGCGUGGAUGAACAACUCAAGAUUGAGGCUCUCCCGUCGCCCAUGGUCAAGAAUUCUGACGGAACUACCCCACUAGAUCCAGCCGUCCACACAGUUCGGAAUCCAGCGGCUGACUUUGGUUUGCAAUAUGACAUUGGCAACUUCGUUGGGGCGAGGCCAGACGACCACACCGUGGUUGGCUUACUCGAACACCAUUGGAUGCCACCUCAAGGUUACUCCUUCCCUUUCUCCGAACACAACAAGGGACAGACAGUCGAACGGAGGUACGUCAGAAGUGACCACCUGCUGAAAUAUCCUUGGCUGGUUGUCUCGGAUGCCAAGGCAGGUUUGUUCUGCAAAUUUUGUCCUCUUUUUGCCACCGGGCACAUUGGGGGUAAACACAAGACAGUUGCCCUUCAGGCUCUUGUAACGGAGCCUUUGAAAAAAUUCGCGAAGCUUCUGGGGAAAGAUGGAGCUUUGGAAACCCAUUCCAAAGCUAGAUAUCACAUCGAAGCAGUGGAAGCGGGCAAGGCUUUUCUGAAAGCUUGUCGCGACCCAGCAAGGGUCGUGGCAAACCAGAUCGAUACACAGCGAAUGCGGCAGGUGUCUGAAAACCGCGCGCGGCUUGUCUCGAUUGUCGACAACGUUGUGUUCUUGGCCCGGCAGAAUAUUGCCUUCCGUGGACAUCGGGAUGACGGCCCAGUGGUCACUGGGAAGAACGGCAAUGACAGUUCAGAGAAUGGAGGAAACUUCAAGGAGCUGCUGCGCUUCAGAGUGAAAUGUGGUGACCAUGCCCUCGAAAAACAUCUCUCCACAGCCACAGGAAGGAAGAUGUUCACAAGCAAAACAACUCAAAAUGCCCUUAUUGAAUGUUGCGGAGACGAAGUUCUGUCCGUGAUCUUGGCACGAGUUCGGCAGAGCAAAUAUUAUGGCAUUAUGUUCGACGAUACAACCGACGUGGCUCACAAGUCUCAGCUAUCUCUUGUUUUGAGGUAUGAACAUGAUUUAAAGAUCAGAGAAGAUUUUGUGGGUUUCUUAGAUCCUCGAGAACUCCAGCCUCAAGAUUCAAAUCAGAAUCGGAAUUCGUCCAUGUCGGACAGCGGGUCCGACGAGGAAGAGCAAGACGAAGACGACGCACUGGAGCCAACACUGACUGGUACCAAGCUCGGAAAAAUCGUGCUAAGUCUACUGAGGUCAUUGUCUCUCAACCCCAAAGGCUGUCUUGAACCUUUCUAUAUCCAAAACAUCAACUGUGCAAAGUGUCCGAAACACCACCGGGACAAUGCGGGAAGUCAUUGCGUUUUUUACGGCCUCGCCCAAGCGUAA